AUGCAGUUGCCGUGGUUGUUGCUGCUGUCCAUCGCGUCAGUGGCAUUUUCUUCACCAGUGAAUGAUACUUUUUUAUGGGGCAGCUAUCGCCCAAACCUAUACUUUGGUAUUCGCCCGAGAAUUCCCCAGUCACUCUUGACAGGUCUUAUGUGGUUUGGGACCCAGGAUUACGCCUCCAUAAGUCAAACGCGUCACGCCUGCGAUCAAGGUGAUCAACUUCAGUCCUACACCUGGACAAAAUAUGAUCCUCGGGAAGGAGGUGUACAAGUCAUUAAGGACGCUAGGAACAAUGUCCAGCUUACGACCGAAUUCUUGAAGGUUCCUGGUGGAGACCAUGGAGGCAACUGGGCUGCAAGGAUUAAAGGCGAACCUCUGGAUCCAUUACAACCCUCAAGGAUUUCCACAAUCUUCUAUCUUGGAAUGGAAGGUCUCGGUGGAAUCGACAUGGAUACAGACGAGGAAGACAAUGGCUUGCAGGGUGACAUCAAGUUUACUGGGUCCUCACCGGAACUGGACGACUUUAGUAUCCGCAUAGUUGAUGGUCCAAGCAAUACUGCAGUCACUAGCGGUCCCCACUCUGAGGUAUUCAAGGAUAGAAUCGGCAAGAGUCACUUCAUGGGUCAACCAGUUCCUGCCGGAAACAUAUGGCAAGCUAAAGAAUUCAUCUUACAGAGCUUGAUGAAAAGAGCACAGGAAGUCAUUGCUCCAUACCGAGAUCCUGCGGCGGGGAUUCCCGACCCGUCUUUUGUGCUUCAGCUGCCGGAUGAGAUUUAUUCUGGUAGUAAUCUUUAUGCUGUUCAAAAGUUUUUUGACGGUGAAUUUCAGUUUGACGUCUUUUAUGAAAGCGCAAGCUCCAGACAGACGCUGAGCUCUUCCACUCUUGACGAGGGUAUUACUGCUCUUUCUACUUCUUUUGACCAGCGUUUCAAUAAGGUCUUUCCAACACCCUCCGAUUAUUCUUCAAAGAGCAACAAGGAUGCUCUCGAGACGUUCUCACAAGCAAUUACAUCGAACCUCAUUGGUGGUGUUGGUUAUUUCUAUGGCAAUUCAAUCAUCAACGAGAAAUUCUCGUACGAAUGGGACGAAGAUGACGAAGCUGAGGAUAGAUCGGCCAGUGAUGAGAAAGGCCCGAGAUUGACUGAACCGAAAAAGUUGCUCACAGCAACACCGAGUAGAAGUUUUUUCCCCCGUGGAUUUUAUUGGGACGAGGGCUUCCAUCUGCUACACAUUGGAGCAUGGGACAAUGACUUUGGCCUCGAAAUUUUGAAGGACUGGAUUGACCUCAUUGACGAUAAUGGUUGGGUUGCCCGAGAACAAAUUCUUGGAGAAGAGGCUCGAAGCAAAGUCCCUGCAGAAUUCCUGACUCAAGUCCCCAAUUACGCCAACCCACCAACACUCACUGUUGCUGUCACAGCUUUCAUCAACCGAGUCAAAAUUGCCUCCCUCGGCCCCUCAGACGCAGACCUUGGCAUGGAUUUUGGCAUGGGCAGUUCCCAGACCCCUUUAACUGAAGUUAAAACCGAACCUGGCAACCGGUCUUUGGAUCCGGAGGUCGCGACUGCCUUCUUGAAGGGCAUAUACAAACCGCUCAAAAGACAUUACGACUGGUUCCGCCGCACUCAACGUGGACAAAUAAAGCAGUAUGGUCGCAAGGCUAGAUCAAGGACCGAAGCCUACCGCUGGAGGGGAAGGUCUGAUAAACAUGUGCUGACGAGUGGAAUGGACGACUACCCAAGAGGACCUCCUCAUGCUGGGGAAUUACAUUUGGAUCUUAUAUCAUGGAUGGCACUAUUCUCGAGGACAAUGAGAGAAAUUGCAGAGUUUAUCGGAGAGAAUGAUGAUGCGAUCUCUUAUGGUGAGAUCGAGAAAGCCAUACUUGACAACAUCGAAGAUUUGCAUUGGAACGAGGAACAACAGAUGUACUGCGAUGCUAACGUCGACGAUGAUGAUGAAUCCUAUCAUGUAUGCAACAAGGGUUAUCUGUCUCUAUUCCCAUUCAUGCUCUCCCUCUUGUCUCCGGAUUCGCCUCAUCUGGGCGCUAUCCUUGACGUGGUUCGAGAUCCGGAGCAGCUGUGGUCAGAUUACGGGCUGCGUAGCUUGUCUGCUUCCCAUCCAGAGUAUGGAACUGGCGAAAAUUACUGGAAAGGUCCUAUCUGGGUUCAAAUGAAUUAUUUGGUCCUUGGGGCGCUACAUAACAGAUACGCAGUCGAGGAAGGACCUUAUAAACUAAGAGCCCAGGAGAUCUACCGCGAGUUGAGGAAGAAUAUCAUUGACAAUGUGUUUAAGGAAUACGAGCGUACAGGGUACGUUUGGGAACAAUAUGACCCCAAUACCGGUUAUGGUCAGCGCAGUCAUCCGUUCACAGGAUGGACAUCAUUAGUUACAUUAAUUCUCACUGAAAAGUACUGA